UUUAGGUCACGAUUUAAUGGAAGGAGUUGUUGCUUAUGAUUUGGCUCUCAUUGUGCAAGAAUUAGUACGAAAAAAGUGGUUUACAUAUGAACGAUUAAAUUGCAAAAUUGAAAAGUUUUUUUUAUCACCUGAAGACUCUAGAAAUAAGCCAGUGAAAAUACAACCAAAUUGUGAUAGAAUCGUUGGUGGAGCUUGGGAAAUCCGAACACUCUUGAGAUUUAUGCCACUCAUGGUGUACAAUGACGUUAAAAAUAGCAAUGAUCCAAUUUGGCAUAGCCUUUUACUUUUAACUGAAAUCAUGGAAAUUGUAUGCGCGCCUGUUAUUCAUAAAUCCUUUCUGCCUUAUUUACAAGUAAUCAUUAAUGAAUAUUUAGAUUUUCGAACAGAAUUAUUUAUGAAAAAUUUACGCCCUAAACAUCAUUAUUUAAGCCAUUAUCCUUAUCUUAUUGAUCAAUUUGGUCCUUUAAUUAAAGUGUGGACAUUAAGGUUUGAAAGUAAGCAUACGUAUUUCAAAAGAGUAAUUCGAAAUAUAAAAAAUUUUAUUAAUGUUACACAAUCUUUAAGUAUAAAACACGAGAGAUUACAGUGUCUUUUACGGUCUGGUUCUGAUAUGCGAAAUUUAGUUGAUGUGCAUGAACCCACUAUUUUCAACGAAGAGCUGUAUUCAGAUGCAAUAAGAAAUGCAAUACGAUGUGCUAAUAUUAAAUUUGAUAUUUUUGAAUGUGAUAAAAUAAUAUUUAAAGGUACUCUAUACAAAAUUGGAAAUGCUGUGGUUAUUCGUCAGAAAAAUUACCAAUAUGGCGUUCAGAUUGGAAAAAUAUGUCUUAUAUUGACUGAUUCAGAAGAAAUAAAUAUUAACAUUGUUGUAGAACGUUUCAUUACAACCUUUAAUCCUAUAUUACGCUUUUACGAAUUGAUGUUUGCCACUGAAAAUAAAACAUACGAAUGCUUAAAUAUUAACACGUUAAACCAUGUUCCUCUUCAUAUUUAUACAUUAGACACUAUAAAAGGCAUUAAAUUGAAGCAUGUCUUGGUUAAUGAGCGUAUUUAAAUUUAUAAACGAAAAUGCUUUAUAAUACUGGAAACAUCAAGCAACAUUACAAAAUGCCCAUAUUUAAAGUCAUAGGACAAGAAUUUUCAAGAAAAACUUUAGUAGUUUGCGAUAAUCUCAAAGAUUUAAUUAAUACAAGCAUACAGCAUUUAGGACUUCCAAACGUGGAAUAUACGGUUGUAUUACAAGAUAAAACUGAAAUACAUGAUGAUAAAGUUUUAAUAGCUCUGUCAGAUAGCUCCCCUACACCGGUUACAGUAACGCUUAUCGAAAAACAAAUUUUAUGUGGCCAAAAUGACGGACUUUGUACUGAUACUGAGUUAAAUAAUCCGGAAAAUGAAAUGCUACUCACAGUAUUAGAUUCAAACUCAAUACAAGAUCAAUCUGAUAUAAAAAUUAUACCUAUUAUUUUAGAUGAUACAAAUUUAUCAAUAUCUAAUGACAAGUCAAACGUCAGUCAGUCAAAGGAUGUUUUAUCAAUGGUAGAUUUAAAAGAAGUGGAUCCUACAAGUACAAAAGAGAAUGUUCCUAUUAUAGUACUUCUGAAGGAGCAUCUGCCAUACAAUACUCCAAUCCGAUACCAAUAAGUGUCAACAGUAUUAGUACAGAUUUGUACGAAACAGAACCGAUACCAUGGUACAAAUUUCCGAAGCAGCUAAUAGAAGCAUGCGAAAAUGGAAAAACACCAUUGCCUGCUCAUAGACGUGCUAUGAUUUCAAUUCUUGCGGAAUAUCAAGUUCAUCAGUUAAAAACUGAAUCUAGAAGUACAUCUCGAAAAAUAGCGCAGCGAAUAGUACGCAAAUACCCACAAUCAUUCUUGGAUGAAAUUGAUGGUGCAGUUCUAGGAGAUGGAUCAGAGUCACUAUUUUGUCAAUUAUACACCAAAAUACAUUACAAUCGACGCAUAAAAUUGGCAGCAAAAAUGCAGGAAUCAGCCGAUUCUUCUGGUUCAACGGUAGAAAAAAAAGAUAAGAAGUUACAAAUUUGUGAGACCGAUGAGUACGGCUGUGUAGCAUAUGAGCCUUCAUUACCAUUUGAUGAAACAAUGGAUAGUCAGCGUGUGAAACAAAAUUAGCUUAAGGAAGAAUCAAUUAAAUCAAAUCGUAAUAUUCGCAUUAAAGAGAUGCUUCAACAAACUUAUCCAUUGCAGAGAAUCGAAUUUAAUCAUAGAAAAGGAACAAUUUACUCCUGUCUGGAAACAUGGCCGCUUUUAAUGGAGCCAAAAUAUUUAAUUCAGCAUGCUUCUAUACUAUUAGGCAAAAAAGUCAACACCAUAUGGAAUCAAAAUGUGGGAAAAAUAUAUAAGAAACUUCAUGUAUUUAUUGAAGAGUUUACUAUUAAGCAUAAACUGAAAAAGUCAACAAACAGAAAAACGCAACUUCGAGUACUUAAAAAUGUAUUAACUGAAUCUGCAACAGCGGCUAACGAUUUAGCGUCAGAAACUCCAUUGAUUUUGGCGAUUUUUCCGUUAAUUUUACAUUAUUUCCAAGAAAAUCCAGACAUGAUGUUCAGAGUCAUUAAUGAUACAUUGACGGAAGAAAGACUCGAAUCAUUUGCGGAUACUUCAACUCCUCUAUUAAUUAUAGAAGGAGCAUCGCUGUUUGAUGAAAAUACAAGCUGUGCAGUUAUAGUAGAGGGCAAAAUUUGUUGUAAGACAAAGUCUAUUUUACAGGGAUUUGAAUUAACAUUCCUGAUGUAUUACAUCUUCAGCUUAUGUUAUUGCAGAAGUACAUCUAAAUCUCUGGAGUUUAUACAAAGAAUUUUCUUCAGUGUUAAUCCAACGGGGACGACAAAAUCGAAGUCAAAGCGAUCGACCUACGACCCAGCGGUUAAAAAAUUAUAUGAUUCUAUUAACAUAACAUCAUAAAUGCAUAAUCGUUAAUGCAAUUACGUACUUGUAACUUUCAACUGGGAUGAAACAAUAAGUACUGUUAUAAUAUGAAAA